GCCGAGGUCUGGCCCUGGCUAUUUGGUUCUACGCUGUGUUUCGGCGAAAGGCACGGGGAGGCUGACGUCUGGCACCGCGCUGUGGUUUGAUGGUCCUCUCAGAUCUGAAAGAGUUAAGACAAUGGAUACAUCUGAGGGGUUGGUGUCAUUUGAGGAUGUGUCUGUGGACUUCACCUGGGAUGAAUGGCAGGACCUGGAUGACGCUCAGAGGAAGCUCUACAGGGACGUGAUGCUGGAGACCUACAGCAGCUUGCUGUCCUUGAAUCAGUGUGAUGCCAAACCCGAGUUGAUCCAGAAGUUGGAGAAAGAAGCUGAGCCAUGGAAGGAAGACAAUGCCCCAGACCAGAGCCUCCCAGAUAUACAGAAUGUGGGUGACCUGAAGGAGGUCAGUCAAGACAGCCAAAAGAUACACAGAUGUAAUCGGGUAAUUGCCAAGAGCAGCGUGUCAGCUGAGAGGGCUCCAGCCGGAAAAGCAUUGAAUAGCUCACACCGUGUUUUAGAUCUGGCCAUAAAGAACAGCACAUCUUCUGGAAUGAGCCCUGGGCCACGUAAUAUGCAGGACAGUGUGCUUCUCCCUAGGGAGCCCAGUGAGAUGCAGGCUAGAGAGGUACUUGGUCUUCCUGAUGUAACCAGGGUGUCCCCCAGACUUCCUGAGCCUCUUAGUCUAUAUCACAGUACUGAACGUGAAGAACAGCAUUUUCAAUACUGUGGGCCCAGUGAAGCUUUCCACAUACAGCCAGUGUGGUCACAAAAAGCAUUCCCUAUGAGCAAUCCCUCCAGUAAGUUGAGGGACUACAGGAAAGAGUUAGAAAAGUUAGCUCUUCCUGCCAACGGGGACACUCAAGCACAGGUACAAGCUUUUGAAUGCAGAGUGUGUGGGAAGUUAUUCUGUAAAAAUUCCCAUCUCACACAGCAUUUAAAAAUGCACAAAGAAAAGAGAUGUUAUAAAGGGAAUAAUUGUGAGCCAAUACUCAAUAUACAACCAAAACUCCCAAAACACCAGAGCUUGCGUGUGGGAGAAGAACUUUAUACAUGUAAUGGUGAUGAGAAAUACAUUCGUCCAAAGUCAGAAAAAAGCGUUCAGCAGAAAAUCAUAAGUGACAGAAGGAUUGUGUGUGGGAAGACCGUGAGCUCAGAAUUAAAUUGGAGCGUUCAACAGAACCCUCUCAGACAUGAGGAGUCCCAUGAGUUCAGUAUAUCUGGGAAAACAGUUAGUAAGUCAAACCUCCGUCAGCUGGAGACACCACACAGAUACGAGAGAGUGUAUGAAUGUAAUGCAUGUGGCAAAACCUUUAGUCAUACACCGCGUGUCUACUCACCCUCGGGAGCUCACUCAGCUGAGAAACCCUAUGAGUGUGAAGACUGUCAGCAGUCGAAGCUUGUGGUAAGCCAGCCAGCUCCCAUGCAGGAGAAACGCUAUGUGUGCAAUGUGUGUGGAAAAGCCUUUUACAAGCGAGCCCACCUACACGCACAUCAGAGGACCCACACAGGUGAGAAGCCAUAUGACUGCAAAGAGUGUGGGAAGUCUUUUAGACUGAAGUCAUUUCUUGUUGUCCAUCAGAGGAUUCACACGGGUGAGAAGCCCUUUGCGUGUGAUACGUGUGAGAAGAGCUUCAAGCAGAGGACGAGCCUCUACACACACAGAAGAAUCCAUACAGGGGAGAAGCCCUACGAGUGUAAAGAGUGUAGGAAGUCGUUCAUUCUCAAGUCCUACCUCACUGUGCAUCAGAGAACUCACUCAGGCGAGAAACCCUAUGAGUGUGACGUCUGUGGGAAAUCCUUUAAGCAAAAUUCCCACCUUCAUGCACACAAGAGAACUCACACAAGUGAGAAACCCUAUGAGUGUAUUGUGUGUGGCAAAAGUUACAAGCAGAGUCCAAGCCUCUACACACAUAAAAAAAUCCACACCAGUGAGAAACCCUAUGAGUGUAAACAGUGUAGGAAGUCAUUUAGUUUGAAAUUCCACCUCACUAGGCAUCAGAGAACUCACUCCGGUGAGAAACACUAUCAGGCGUCUUCACAGGCUCUCAGCUCCGACGGCUCCCGGGAACUUCCGGUCUAUUUCCGGCGUCGCCAUCUUGCUUCCGGUUUCCGAGGGGGUUGGAUUGUGGCCUCAGUCCUGCGCCAGCCUGUCUGGACAUCUCUGGGCGGGCGCCGUGCGCUGUGCGCUGUGCAGAUGGUGCGAUCCCGGGAGCCCUGCGCGGGGCUGAGUUCCCAGCCUCUGUCGCCCUCGGUCCUUGACGCUGCAAGGAGAUUUGCUGUCAGCGGUAUCUCGUCUCCUCCUCCUCCUGACCCUGGUGCCACAACUGCCGUGUCUAGUGUCCCGUUUUCUGGCAGUGACAGUCCCAGACCCUGGAGCAGCCCGACGUGUGGGGUGAACCUGUGCUGGGGCAUCUCCCUUAUCUGGAAGGCUCCUGUGUGUGUUGGCUUCUGUGGAGGGUGCACGGUAAUUGCACGGACUUUUUACUGCAGCAAGAACAAAUGUCUGCUCGCCUCAGAUCCGCUGUGGUGGCGCUCACCUGUAAGGCACCGUUCUGACUUUUUGACUCAGCAACUAUGUAGAGAUAUUGGAAUCCACAAACGAGGCAUAGCAAGGACCCGCUCACUUCUGUCGCCCGGCUUCUCCAGCUGCGAUUGCAGGGUUACUCCAUGUGCCUUAGCGAGCGAGGAGAAUGAGCGCUGUUGUGAUGCCUGCUGCUAUAAGCCUAGAGACAGUCCACAAGGCCUGAAGGGGUUGGUGUCAUUUGAGGAUGUGUCUGUGGACUUCACCUGGGAUGAAUGGCAGGACCUGGAUGACGCUCAGAGGAAGCUCUACAGGGACGUGAUGCUGGAGACCUACAGCAGCCUGCUGUCCUUGAAUCAGUGUGAUGCCAAACCUGAGUUGAUCCUGAAGUUGGAGCAAGGAACUGGGCCAUGGAAGGAAGACGAUGCCCCAGACCAGAGCCUCGGAGCUCUGCAACCUGUGAAGAGUCUGAAGGAAACCAGAAGGGACCCUGGAAAGAGACAUUUGAGCCACCUGGUACUCACCGGCAGAGCAUCAGCCAAGGAGAGGGGCGGAUUUGGGGAAAUACUGAACAUGAAUUCAAACCAUGUUUUGCACCUGGCUCUUAAGAAUAGGAGCUCUUCUAGAAUGAGAUCUGAGAUGCUUGAUACAUGGGGAAACGUGUAUCUCCCUGGUGGGCCCAUCGAGAUGCAGGCUACAGAGGAACUUGAUCAUCUUAAUUCAGCUAAGAUGCCGUGCAGACCUCCUGCGCCUCUUAGUCUGGAUCUCGGUGUUGAAAGUGGACCGCAGCACGUUCAGUGCGCUCAACAUGGUGAAGCCUUCGAUGUGCACGCUGUAUGGACGCAUACAGUGUUUCCUUUGGGAGACAGCUCGACGAACGCCUUUGAUAAGUCGGCUCUUACUGUCCAAAAGGGGACUAACAUAAAGGAAGAAGCUUUUGAUUGUAACAUGUGUGAGAAGCCGUUCCCUGAUAAGUGUAACCACGCCCAGCACUUAAAACCACACCUAGAAAACCAGUGCAGUAAGUGUGCUGAUGGUGAGCCAGCACUCCGCACGGAAGCAGGCCUUCGGCACACUCUGCACACGUGGGGAAAACAACGUGGGUGUAACGACAACAAGAAGUGUAUGCGUCAGAUGCCGAAACCGAAACCGAGGGCGAAUCAGAGUGUCCUCUCAAGUAAAGAGAGUAAUUGUGUGAAAACAUUUUGCCCAGACUCAACUUUGAGUGUGCACACAGGUGAAAAGCCCCAAGAGCCCAGCACAUCUGUAAAAAUCAACAGCCAGCCUCGUAGACGUCACAGACGUGGGAGGACCUACCAGUGUAAAGUAUGUGGGAAAGCCUUUAAACACACACAAAAUCUCUAUUUACACCACAGAACUCACACUGGGGAGAAGCCCUAUGAGUGUAAAGAGUGUAAAAAACUAUUCAGUGUAAAGUCAAAUCUCAGUGUACAUCAGAAAACCCACACGGGCGAAAAACCCUAUGAGUGUAACAUAUGUGGAAAUGCCUUUAAAAGGAGGUGUGACCUAACUAUCCACCAGAGAGUCCACACAGGCGAGAAGCCCUACGAAUGUAAAGAGUGCAGGAAAACUUUCAGUAUAAAGUCAGGGCUCAUUGUGCAUCAGAGAAUUCACACGGGCGAGAAGCCGUAUGAGUGCAGUGUCUGUGGGAAACGUUUUAACCAGAAGUCAAAUCUCUCCACACAUGAGAGAAUUCACACAGGUGAGAAACCCUAUGAAUGCAAAGAAUGCAGCAGAUCAUUUAGUGUCAAGUCAUAUCUCACUAUCCAUCAGAAAACUCACUUGGGUGAGAAACCUCACUCGUGAAAUCUGGGGAAGCCUCCUGUGAGCAGACAUCCUAGCGCAGACACAGGUCAGAAAUGGCCUUUGAGCACACAGAGAAGGAGAAAAAGCGUAAGCCAUUUAUCCUCUCCCCAUGUGCUGCCGAGAGGUGAGAGGUGAUGAUCCCUGGGCACAUAAAGGUAGCAGAGACUCUGAGUCUAAAGUCAGGUCUCAUCGAUAAUUAGCUCAAAACCGGAGAAACCUACCAGUGUAGGAUGUGCUCAGAAGACCUCUGCCACGUCAGAUGUCAGAUGCUAGCUAUUGGAGAAACGCUUCAGGUGAGAGACCCUCUGAGGCCUGGAGCAGUCAGUCUUCAGUAAGGCUGGAGAAUCCGUGCUGAUAGGAACCCUGAGUGGAGCUGUGUGGAAAGCCCUUUCGUCAGAAGCCCCAUCUCCAAGAAGCUUUUGGCUUCCCACAGGUGAGAAGCCCUGUGACUAUAAAGAAUGCAGCAAAGCAUGUCAGACAUUUGUCCCCUUGCCAUGUUUGUCACCAGAGGUCCCUGUCAGUGUAAUCUACAGAAUGGUCACCUGCUACUCGCCAACCCUAGAUACACAUCAGAGAAGUCUCACACUGAGAGGCCUUAUGAAUGUAAGGACUGGGAAACAUUUCCAACAGAUGUGUAGCAGGGGCCUCAAGUAGAAAAGCUCUGCGGGUGGAAAGGGGAGGGAGUCCCAACAGUGACUCCCUGCGUGUCACACACACAGCUGAGAAGUGUGUGGUGAAUGCAGUGUAUGCAGAGAAACCUAGAUGCCAGACCUCAGCAGUCCGUAGGUGAGGAGCCCUUCAGCUGUAAGGCAUCCUUUACUGCAUACCAAAGAAGGCACAUGGGAUAAGCCAUAGAAACUUAAUGUGUGUGCAAAAACUUGGUUCUGUAAGACAAAGACAUCUGCCUCCACUAGAGACACACACAAACACAAAACCCCGUGAAUAUAAAAACUGAACAAAAAAAGAACAAAAACCCUGUGAAUUUAAAGAAUGUAGAAAAUAUUUCAUAUUUUUGUGAUACGUGCAAGAACUCACAUAGGUAACUAUGCACACAUAAGUAUAACAUAAACAGAAAUGUGUGCACCAGAAAACCCUCUCUCCUGAGAA